AUGACGAAUGAGGAAAACAAGAAUUCAUCAAGCUCUCCUCCUGCAAAACGACCCAAGAAGUGUAGCAAUUGCCCUGGUGCAAAGGUCUAUACUUCGAGCAGAGCUGAAUACAAGUCGAUGGUUCGUAGACUCACGUGCACUCUUCCAGGCUCAUCUGGUCAAACCAGUCUACGUGUUUCGACACAGGCUCAGGUUAGCAAUCCUCAGCCAAUCAGGCUAAAUGACGCUUCUAUUCCUCCAGGCUCAUCGGGACAAACCAGUCUUCGUGUUACGACACAGGCUCGUGUUAGCAAUCCUCAGCCUAUCUGGCUAAACGGCGCUUCUAUUCUUCCAGGCUCAUUGCGACAAACCAGUCUCCGUCUUCCGACACAGGCUCAGGCUCGUGUUAGCAAUCCUCGGCCAAUCGGGCUAAAUGACGCCACUAUUCUUCCAGUCUCAUCGGGACAAACCAGACUCCUUUUUCCGACACAGGCUCAUGUUAGCAAUCAUGGGUUAAUCAGGCUAUAUGACGCUCCGCCUAAUGGGUACCCGUUGGCACAAUCGUCAUUCCCACCGGCUUCGGUGUGGCCUCGCACCUCAGCGGCUGAAACACCCAGCGAUCAAGCGUCCUCCUCACGGCCUUCUCUGCCAUCGUCUCCAGUACCAGCGUCGGUUCCGACAAUGUUGCCGACGUCACCCCAAGCUGUAUGGUCGCCACCACCGGCACCGUUGGUUCCAGCAAAUUUUCCGGAGGUACCACCUUCUUUUCCGGCGGCUGCUCCGGUGCCGCCGUCUCCUCCUCGAGAGCAACGGGAAAUGGAAAGGGCUGCUUAUAUGCAGUCCUUUGAUAACUUUCUGAUGGCAGACGACGAUGAUUUUAAUUUGGAUGAGUUAAUGGCUCCACUUCCCUAUGUAACUGGAAUCAUUAACGGGGAGCAGCACUGGGAGAACGUGCCACCAGGCCCACCACAGGUUCUGACGAACCAACAGUCGGGAAGUCUAAACGUGCCCGAUCCUCAGAAUGGUUUGACGAUGUCAGCGUCGGAACAUGGCUCCAAUUCUCUGAAUGAGAACGUUGCACCACAGGUUCAUGCAACGUCACCGUCUGUAAGUCUACCUGCAUGGUCACAGUCAAUGAAUCGACUAAACGGGCCUUAUUAUCAGCACAUGUUGCCAGAGGGUAUUGCACCACCCGUUCAUGCAACGUUACCAUCUGAUAAUUUAUCAUCUAAUUUUCAGAACGGUUUAGGAUCCAGCAAUGUCCCACCACCAGCAACUUCUCUGUUUGGGUGUCUACAAGGAGGUGCUCAUUUUCAGAACAUUGUGCCGUCGGAUAAUAUCCCACCACCGGUUGCACCGUCCGGACCUAAUCAUCAGAAUGAUCAACAGCAGUUGGGAAAUGCUUUACCAUCUGAGAGUCAACUAGGUUGGCCUAAUCCUCAGAUCGGUUUACAACAAGGGGCUGUUCCUGCAAAUGUACCUUCUGGUAGUUCAGAUUUGUUUAAUAAUUCCACCACCUAUGAAGAAAAGCAGCGUCUCCUUGAACAAAUGGGUUUUGGAACUGUACCAUCAUGGUAUUUUAAUUCAGCGGAUUUACCACCGGGUAAUCUUCAAGAGUAG